AUGGGACCCCACACUCUUCUUCUGGUUAUUGAUCUGGACUCAAACACAGACUGGAGAUCAGUAAAGAAACAUCUGGAUUUUCUCAGUGAGAGAGUGUGGAGACACACAAUAGUGCUGUUCACCUGGGGGGACACAAUGGGAGACACAACCAUUGAGCAGCUCAUUGAGAGAGGAGGGAAGGAGCUCCAGUGUCUGGUAGAGAAGUGUGGGAACAGGUAUCAUGUUCUCAACGACAAGAACAGGGACGACCGCACUCAGGUCACAGAGCUGCUGGAGAAGAUAGAGGACAUGGUGGCAGGAAACUAUGGGCUGUACUUCACCACUGACAUUGACCAAGUAUACACUGAACUGGACAAAUACAUCAGACAGAGGGAGGAGGACAGACAGAGAGAGACAGAGAGAGAAGAGGAGCUGAAGGAGAAGAUGAGAAAGACACUGAAGGAAGAGGAGCUGGAGAAAGAGACAGAGGAGCCCAGACUGCCUGAGAAGAGGAGGAACAGUGUGGAGUUCAUCCCACCUGCCAGAGACCCUACAGUCGAACCCAGACUCCAGCCCCACCCCUCUGAGCUGAGACUGGUGCUGCUGGGCAGGACUGGUGCUGGGAAGAGCGCAGCAGGAAACACCAUCCUGGGCUCAGAGGAGUUUCCCUCUGAAGCCAGCAGCUCCGCGGUCACUCAGGAGAGCCGGAGGAGGACAGAACAAAUGUCCGGGAGACGGGUGACUGUGGUGGACACUCCAAACUGGCUCCACACUGGACUGUCUGAGGGGGAUAGGAUACGGGAUGUGGGGCUCUGUGUUAACCUGUCUGCCCCUGGACCCCACGCCUUCCUCCUGGUGACCCCGCUAGGACUGCUGGAGAAGUGUGGGAACAGGUAUCACGCCCUCAACAACAAGGACAGGGGCGGCACUCAGGUCACAGAGCUGCUGGUGAAGGUAGAGGAGCUGGUGGCAGGAAACAAGGGCAGCUACUACAGCAGUGAGAUAUACUAGGAGGCCGAGUCCCAGAUCAGACAGAGACAACUGCAGAUCCUGAGGGAGAGAGAGUAGAGGAAACAGAGGGAGGAGGAGAGACUGAGAGAGAAGCAUCAGAAGGAGCUGCAGAACCACCUCCGCAGGAUGGAGGAGGAGAUCCAGAUACAAGAGGAGAAGAUCAGAGCGCUGGAGGAGCAGAUAGCAGAGCUGGAGGAGAGGCUGAGGGAGGAGAGGGAUGA